AUGGCUACGCAGUUCAUCUAUAGGAAUCCGAGGCCACUACCAGAACCUCCCAUCUCGAAAUGGAUGAGAUUCCUCAGCAAGAAUCACAACGUCAAGUUCGUCUGGCUCCAGUUCUUAUCCUACACGUCCAGCACAUAUACUCGAAUCGUGCCCUUGGCCAAAUUCACCCGGAUGUCGAGCAUGGUCAGCGCUUGUCUAUCUCCCGGGGAAGAUAGUAUUGAGAAACGGAUGUCCUUGGUUACUAGACAAGUCGAGACUGCGCCAGCGAAACUCUCACCGGCCAGAGAGAAGCCCUCGGAUUACUUCCCAAAACCUUGCGGGAGAGCCUCGACGCUUUGGAAACGAUCUUAUAUUGUUAAUAUUUUCAGCCAACGUGCGCCCAAUGUCAUUGAAGGACAUCCUAUUGUAUCAACUUAUAUUGCUGUCGGGAGGAAGGAGGCGGGGAUAUUGCGGAAGAUGGAGCCUGAUGAGCAACGAGGGUGGCUGAUUUCUAGGUAUUAG